GAGCAGCAAUUUUAAAAAGAAGAAAGGAAGAUUUGUAAUCGAUCAUGGAUAGAAAAGCGAAAAGUUUAAAGUUGUUGGGAGGUUUUGGAAUUCUGGGAGAGGCCUUCAAAAUAAUCAGGUGUCGACCUAAAUUACUGGGAGCUAUAACUCUGCUGUCUAUUCUGCCUCUAACUUUGAUCAAUCUAGCGCAAAGUUUAGUAACACCUCUGUUUCUAGCUGAGAUGAUUGUUUCCAAUCAAACAGCCGAGCAGCCGACGAUGCCUGUUCUGAAAUUGAUGGGGUUUCUAAUUCUUGAACUUGUGUACGCAACUUUCUUUUAUGCAGCGAUGAUGCCGUCCAUGGCGGCCGUGGUGUACACCGUGGCCAAUGUUUACAGAGGCAACCACAACCACUCCUUCGCAAGGGUUGUGAGAUUCGUUCCCGCAGUGUGGAAACACAUGAUGAAAACUUUCCUGUGGUAUUUUAUCAUCACUUUCAUGAUUGGCAUGGCUUUUGGUUCUUCUGUGUGUUUUCUAGCAGCGGGUUUCAUAGUAUUCGGUUACUCGUAUGUGGUGGUGUUUUAUGUGGAAUUAAUGGCUGGUUGCGUGGUGUUAUUCCUGGUGAGCGUGUACGUGGGAAUUGUGUGGCAGAUGGCGAGUGUUUUGAGUAUUAUGGAGGAGAGAUGUUAUGGGUUGGAGGGUAUGAAGAAGAGCCGCCGUCUCUUGGAAGGAAAGGGCACCACAGCAUGGGUUCUCACAAUAUCUUACCUGCUAAUUAAUGAGCUAAUUGGUCAUAUAGUGGUUAAGAGGAAUUUCAUGCAUGUUGUGGGACUAAGGCUCAAUAUGACGUAUGGAAUAGCCUAUGUGAUGAUGGCCUGUCUACUUGGUUUGUUGGGGGUGCUAACGCAGAGCGUGCUCUACUUUGUAUGCAAAUCAUACCAUGGGGAAAGCAUCGAUGGAUAUCUGAAUGAAUAUGAGGCUGUUAACAACAAAGAGAUGGAGAGUUUGGAGGCUUAAAAUAGAUUAACCCUAACAAGAUCUGGCAGAGUUUGUAUACUGGUCAGUUAUUGCCAUUUAGUUGGUAUGUAGUAAAAAUAGUUACCAUGUGUGUUUAGUUUCCGUAAAGAAAUGUGCUUGCAGUCUGUAAAGUUUAUUACAUGAUAAAUUGAUGCAAUAAGGUGUCUUGAACUGGCAAGCGCAAUCAUUUCUGAAUUCUAGUAUAGGAGUCUAAUUAAAUGUUUGAAUAUUAAGUGUACUUAGUUCUAAAUUAGCUAGAGUAGACAUGGAAAAGGAGGACCUUUUUGCUGCUAAAGUAUUGGUGAAGCGUGUCUCAAUAAAUUUUGUUGGCAAAGGCAUCGAUUAUAAAAUG